GCUCCCCGCGGCCCUGCCGGACUGCGGCCUGGGGGAGCUGGCGCUGCUGGUGGGCGCGCUGGUCUCCACCGGGACGCCCGCGCCGCAGGGCGUCGCGGACGCCUUGUUCGCGGAGGUCCUGCGGAAGUGCCGCGCGGAGGCCUUCGCGGCCCCAGACCGGCAGCCCAGCGUCGGCAACACGCGGUGGCCGCCCUCAUGGACGGUACGGUGGCGCUGUCGCCCGCGGGGGGGCGGCCAGCCCUGGCCGCCCUGCGUCCGCUGGCGCUCCGACUGGCCGGUGACGGCGGCCUCACCGUCCACAGCAUCUCCUCCGUGCUCGCAGCGCACGCCCACCUCGCGGUGAGGGACGCAGACCUCAUCGAGCAGAUGUCCCGCGGCGCCGCCCUCGCCCCCGAGGGGAAGCUGCCCGCCGCGGUGGUCGGCCGCCUGCUCGUGUCCUGCGGGGCCCUCGGGGCGCCACUUCCGGAGGCGCUGCUGCGGCACGUGGAGGCGGAGCUGCUGAGGCUGCUGCCCAGGAUGCCCCUCGACGCCGUGGCGAGGGUGCUGCUGGCUACCGCUCUGGCCGGCUUCCAGCACUUCUCGGCGGGGGCGGUGGACGCGCUUGUUGCGCGCGCUGGGUCGCUCUGCGAGGGGGCGGUGGUGGCGAAGGGUGCCGCCUGCGCGCUGGCGGCCAGCGCGCACGCGCGCUGGGACGGGCGCGGGCCCCUGCCGCAGCUGGCCCGCGUGGCCUCGGACCAUGCGCACCGGCUGGACCCGCCCCCGCCCCAGGGCCUGCUGCGGGAGGUCUUCCGCGGCCUCCUGGACGCGGUCGACGGCGCCGAGGUGGCCGCCGACGUCCCCGCGCACGGCUUCCAUGCAGCUGACGCCCUCCAUGGCAGGGGGCGAGCGCGACCGCUGUCGAGGUGGACGGCCCGCAGCGCUUCUAUCACGGCGGAGGUGCCCGCGAGCUACUGGCGGUCAGCCUGCUCAAGCAGCGCGCGCUGGAGCGCCAGCACGGCGCGGUGGCGCGCGUCGGCUUCUGGGAGUGGCCCGCCUGCGGCUCCGCGCGGCGGGCCCUGCUGCUGGAGCGGCUGCGCGCCGCGCGGCCGGGCGCGAGCCCGACGGCCGCGGCCUGCCCGAGA